AUGGCUCGAAUAAAUGUAUUAAACGUAGCAGAAAAGCCAUCAGUUGCGUCAGCAAUAGCUGACAUAUUGAGUAAAGGGAAAAUGGAUAAGAAAAGGAGCUAUAGCAAAUAUAACCCAGUAUUUACUUUUAAUUAUAAAAGAAAGAAUGAUACUUGGUUUAUGUAUGUAACAUCUGUAACUGGUCAUUUGACAGAGCAGAAAUUUGAUGACAAGUACAGAAAUUGGAAUAAUACAGAUCCACAAGAAUUAUUUGAUGCACAAAUUACAGUAUAUAUUGAAAAAGAUAAGAAGACAAUAGAAAAUAAUUUAAAAAAAUUUUCUAAAUGUUGUCAUAUGUUAAUUUUAUGGCUAGAUUGUGACAGAGAAGGAGAACAUAUCUGUUUUGAAGUCAUAAAUACUUGUUUUGUAACAAAUAAAGAAAUAAAAAUUCACAGGGCUCAGUUUUCAGCAGUAACAGAGAAGGAUAUUAUUCAUGCAAUUAACAAUUUGAAGUACCCAAAUAAGAAUCUCGCAUACAGUGUAGAUGUACGCAGAGAAAUAGAUCUAAGAAUGGGUUCCAUUUUCACAAGAUUUCUCACAAUUAGAUACACACAUUUGAUAAAGUCUCAAACGAAUAUUAUUAGUUAUGGCCCAUGCCAAUUCCCAACCUUGGGAUUUGUUGUGAAUAGAUAUCUGGACAUAAAAAAUUUUAUAAACGAAUAUUUCUGGUCUAUUAAAAUGAAGCACUGGUAUGAAGGUGGGGAGGAUGAGCUAGAGGAGGCAUCAGUGAAAUCAUUGACUGGUGAAUCAUUGACUUGUGAAUCACUGACUUGUGAAUCGUUGACUGGUGAAUCGAAUUGUCCAUACGGAUCCAAAUCGAUAAGGCAUAGAAGAAAAAAGACGAAAACGACGAAAAAGAAGAAGAAGGAGAAAAGAGCAAAGAAAAGAAGGGCACGAAAUAGGGAAACGAAUGUCGUAGAUUUUACGUGGUCUCGGCUAAAACUGUUUGACCACUUGGCAGUUGUUCUGAUUUAUGAAAAGUUAUUAGAAAAUCCACUAUGUAAGAUAACAAAUAUCUAUCAAAAUGAGAUAAAAAAAUAUAGGCCACUUCCUCUAAACACUUUACAAAUGACAAAGUUGGUGUCAAAACAUUUUCAUAUUUCAUCGAAACAAUGUAUGAAUAUUGCAGAGAAAUUGUACAAUAGAGGAUUCAUUAGUUAUCCAAGAACAGAAACGAAUUAUUUCCCAAGUAGUAUGAACUUAUUAAAAGUAGUUCAUGAAUUGAAAAAAAAUAAUAUUUUUGGAUUUUACGCUAAAAAGUUAACAGAAAAUAACAAUUUUAGACAACCAAGAAAAGGAAAACUAAAUGAUAAAGCACAUCCACCUAUUCACCCAGUUAAAAAUAUGAACAAAACAGAAAAUGUAGAUGAAAAGGAAUGGAAAAUUUAUGAACUAAUUUGUAGACAUUUCUUAGCUGUAUGUAGUGAUGAUGCAAUUGGAUUUAACAGUAAAGUUAUCGCAGAAAUUGGAAAGGAAGAAUUUUUUUGUAAAGGGUUAAAAAUAAUAAAAAAAAAUUAUUUAGAAAUUUAUAUUUAUGAAAAAUGGAAUGACAAAAUUAUUCCUCCUUUUCAAAUCCAUGAGGAAUUUUACCCCUACAGCUUAUUAAUAGAAGAAGGAAUAACACAACCUCCUAAAUACCUGUCAGAAUGUGAUUUAUUAUCUUUGAUGGAUAAAUAUGGAAUUGGUACCGAUGCAACUAUGCAUGAGCAUAUAGAAAAUAUUCAAAAAAGAAAUUAUGUUUUUAAGAAUUCUAAAAACCUGUUUAUACCAACCAAUUUGGGAAUUGCCUUAAUAUUGUCAUAUAAAAAAUUUAAGGAUCUUGGGGUCGAUUUAACAGAACCAUCACUUCGCGCAAAGAUGGAAAAAGACAUGACACUAGUUGCAUCAGGUACAAAAGAAAAAAAUCAAACCAUACGAAAUUAUAUUGAUAUAAUGAAGUACAUUUAUCAAGAAAUAUACAAUCGAAUAGACCUUCUCGACGAGUACAUCAAUUUUUACCUGAAAGGUUCGGAUUCCAUAAGGGUAUAG